GCUAUUUCUUAUUGCGGGCUUCUGGGGACUUAGCGAUGCCGUGUGGCAAACACAAAUUAAUGGUAGGUUCAUAUAAUAAUCAACAUACUAUUUUCAUUGCUAUUUUAUUAUUCUUACUUUUAGCAUUGUACGGUGUUUUAUUUUCAGCCAGCGAUGAGGCGGCAUUUUCGAACUAUCGUUUAUGGGAAUCAUUAGGAUUUGUUCUGUUUUAUAUAAUAACACCGUUUAUACAAAUACGAAUUGCAUUGAUUAUAUUACUGAUAUUUUUAACACUUGGAAUGACCGGUUAUAGUAUCACAGAAUAUCGUUGGAGAAAGACCAUGAUAAGUAAUAAAAUAUCGUCUCAUUAA